CACUCUGCUUCAUUCUCUAUCUUUCUAAAGUAAACAAUCUUUAGAGAGAGAAUACAAAAUGAAUUCGAAGAUCAUUGAAGCUUUCUUCAUCGUUGCUCUCUUCACUACCUCAUGCCUCGCUCAAGCUCCAGCUCCUUCUCCAACCACCACCGUCACUCCUCCGCCUCCUGCCGCCACUCCUCCUCCCGUUGCCACACCACCACCUGCCGCAACUCCCGCUCCGGCCACCACUCCACCACCUGCAGCCACCCCUGCCCCUACCGCUACUCCUCCGUCGUCUGAUGUCCCCACCGCUUCUCCACCUGCACCGGAAGGUCCCGGAGUUAGUCCCGGUGAUCUAGCCCCGACACCGUCCGACGCUACCGCUCCUCCACCUAACGCCGCUUUCUCCAACAAAGCUUUCGUCGUCGGUACUGUUUUUGCGGCGGUUAUUUACGCGGUCGUUUUGGCUUAGGAUCUCAUUGUUUACAUCUUGAAAACAUUCUGUUUACAUUUCAUUCUAUAGUUACGGUGUUAAUUUCGAUAAUUUGAUUGAUUUUUAAAUUAUUCGAUUGUUGUUUGAAUUGGGAUUGGUAAAUGGGAUGUUGACACGUGUAACUUUUCAUGGGUUGUUUGUUGAGGUGGAAUAUGUUGUGUAAAUCCAGUGAUAGCUUUAAUAAAACUACUUAGUUAUU